UACGAAAGAUUGCACACAAUGUGCCAUGAAAUUCAUUCUUUUUUUUGAAAAAUAAAAUGACCAAUGAGAUUUUUCGGGAAUUUGAAACAUUUAAGACAAAGUUUUUGUUCAAUGAUUUCAACCAAAGCCACAACCACAAAUGAAUCCAAUCCGUUGAUUGUUAUAAUUGGUGCAACUGGUUGUGGAAAAACUAAACUUUCAUUAGAAUUGGCUAAACAUUAUAAAAAUGUGGAAAUUAUAUCGGCCGAUUCAAUGCAGAUUUAUAAAGGUUUGGACAUUGCUACAAACAAAGUUUUACCAAAUGAAAUGAAACAAAUUCCUCAUCAUCUUAUCGAUAUGAUUGAUCCAUUUCAACAGUUUACUGUUUUAGAUUUUCAAAAGCUUGCCUUAAAAUCUAUCGAUCAGAUUAUAUCGAAAAGUAAAAUACCGAUAAUUGUUGGCGGAACAAAUUAUUAUAUCGAAUCAAUAUUAUGGGAUACAUUGGUCGGAUCGAAAGAACAGAAAAUUUCAGAUGAUAAAGAAUUUAAAAUAGAAAAUGAUGAAAAUGGAAAUCAUUCGGAAAUUUUAGCCAAUGAAAUUGAAACAAUCAAUGAUUUAUUACAAAAACCGAAAUUAACCUAUAGAAAUUUACGAUCAAUAUCGAAUGAAAAAUUAUAUGAAUUUCUAAAAGAAAUUGAUCCAGAAUCUGCCAAUAUAUUGCAUUUGCAUAAUCGAAGAAAAGUUAUAAGAUGUUUACAGGUUUAUCAACAAACAGGUCGACGAAUGAGCCAAAUUCUUAAAGAACAACGUUCACAAAAUGGAUCUAGACAUGGUGGACCAUUAAGAUUUAAAAAUUCAAUAAUUUUAUGGGUUGAUUGUGAUAAACAAAUACUUGAAAAAAGAUUAGAUGAACGAGUUGAUCAAAUGAUUCGACAAGGUUUAUUGAAUGAAUUAUCGGAAUUUCAUCGUAAUUAUAAUUCAAAACGUUUUGAUGAUGAUAAAAAAGCUGAUUACACUGAAGGUAUAUUUCAGGCAAUCGGACUAAAAGAAUUUCAUAAUUAUUUACUAAUGAAUGAAGAAGAACGUCAUUCGUAUGAUGGACAGCUUAAACUUGGUUAUGGUAUUUUAAUGCUCAAACAACGUACUCGUUCAUAUGUAAACAAACAAAACAAAUGGAUACGACGACGUUUUUUAAUAUCGGAAAAUAUUCGUAAAGUUCCAAAUGUUUAUCGUUUAGAUACAACAAAUCUUGAUGAAUGGAAUGAAAAAGUUCUUGAUCAUUCGAUUUGGAUUGUUGAUCAAUAUUUACAAGCUUCAAUAUCAACACCGUCAAAAUGUGAACAAAUAUUUCAUUCAUUAGAUCAAUUAGCGAUUCGAAAAAUGCCCAAUUCUAAUGAUGAUAAUAAUGAUGAAAAUGAUUCAUUUAUAUCUGGUCAAUUUUAUUGUGAUAUAUGUCAGAUUCGAAUUAGUGGUGGUAAAUCUUAUCAAGAACAUUUACAAUCAAAAAAACAUCGAUAUCAAAUACAACAAUCUAAAUUAACAGUCUAAAAAAAUUAUUUUUAUUUUAUUUGGAUUUCUAUUGA